AGAAAAACUUCCACCCUCAAAGCGGCACACAGAGCACAUACAGACAAUCGUACAAACACACAGCGAACUAAUACAAACAUGUAAGAAUGCUGCAGUCGUGCAGUUGGAUGGUAUGCGACCAGUUUGCUACUUAGUAAAUGCGGAGGACCCAUGAAAUAUAACCUCAAAACAUUUACUUAUAUUGAAUUAAUUUGAGAGUUAUUUAAUUCGGUGACAAAUUGAUUUACAUAAAUAUUUAAACAAGAAAUUUUUUAUUUCAUUUUUACUCUCCAAAGUAAUGAAAAAGGACAUUUAAAAUUAUUGAACUAACCAGGUGAUAAAGGAUAAAUAAGAGUGCCAUUACCAACCGAACAAAAGAAUAAUAACCUAUCCAAACUAAGCAAAGAGCAGGGGUGUCUCAAUCCCUAUAUACCCUGCAUGCCCCUGGGCACUGUCACUGUCAUUUGCGUCGCAGCGCUGCCGCCGUCCGCGUCCGCGUCGCUUUGCCUGGUCUGGCCUGGCCCAGUGUUUCCGCUUUCUUUCGCCUCGUUGUAAUGUUACUUUUAGUUUGAUGUCGGAGCCUCGACGAGCCGGUCGUAAGCGAAAUCGUAAGCGAGACUUUAGUGCGAUUCCGCUCCGUUCCGCCGGGGUGUGUGUGCGUGUUCGUAGUUCGAGUUGAGUCGAGAAUCAGUACCAGAAUCAGAAUCCAGUGGAAUCGAGAAUCGAAACCGAAAGUGGUUCUCCGCGUGUGUGCGAGUGAGUGAGUGUUGUGUUUUGGGCCCGCUUUUCUGCUUUUCUACCCCCGAAAAAGCAAAGCACAGCAUAAAACUGUGCGCUAGUACGCGCGUUCGAGUCUACUGUAUGUGUGUGUUGUUGUGUGUGCUUGUGGCGAGUGCUGCUAGUGUGUGAGUGUAUGUGUGGCAAGGGAAAAAAGGAGGCAAAGAAAAGAAAACCAACCCCCUACCAGCGGCGGCGGAGAACAGGAAAACAACAACAACAACAGUAGAAAGCACACCACCACUACUUCCACCAUCACCAUUAUUACUGCCACCACCCACUCUUCGUCAUCGUUUCGCGUUGUGCAGAAAAGAAUCACAAAUAAUAGAAAUAAAAAACCGAUCGAGUUUAUAGUGCUAAAACCGAUUUUAAGGAUAAUCUUGCAAAAAUAAAUAAAAGAGGGCCUCUUGAGGCCCCCCAAAAAUAACAAAGAAUACAAUUCCCCCGCCGAUCAUCCCGAUCCUGUCAUGAUGAACUUCUCCGCGUUCGGCGGUCCCUUUUCCGGCAUUCACCAAUUUGCCGCUAAAUUCGACGCCCAGACGCCAGGCGCCUUUGGCACGCCCCCCACGGCCGCCGCAAAUGCAGCAGCCGCUGCGGCAGCGGCCGGCACCGAUAACCAUGUGCAGCGCUAUCAGACCAAUGGCAAUCACUUUAAUCAGAAUGUGCCCAACGUUUCGGCUGCCAACAAUAUGCAAUAUGGCCAGAAUAUAUCCAUACCGUAUUCACAGCCGCAGGGCGAUCUGAACUUUCUCAAUGCAGCCGCUGCGGCCGAUCAUAAGGGUAAAAUCCAUCCAAAAAUCGAACGUGACCGGGAAGAAGUCCUCAACCAGCAGAUCCUGCAAAAUGUCAACCAAUCCUGGCAGACGUUGGCCAAUACGGCCAACACGGUGGACUACUCGUCCCACCUGCUCUCCGCCACACUGCCCAUCUCUAUACAGCACUUCCUCAAGUACUCGGAGACCAUCAAGAAGGAGUCCACUGGCGAUGUCCUGAAGAAUGGCACCAACUUAGCCAGUCUGGCGUUGGGGGGCGUGGCUCUGACGCCCAGCAAUAAUGGGGCAAACGGCGGCCAUCAUAACGGACUGGUGGGCAUGGACCAUGGCGGUCACAUGACCAACAUGACGGACGCCAAUGGAACGGCGUUGACGAAUGGAGCUAGUAAUGGGGUCAAUGGCAAUGCCAAUGGAACUGUGACCAAUGGUGGCGCAGGCGCGGUUUCCAGUACCGGAUCAGUGGGUACCACGAAUGCCAGUGGCGGCACGGGCACGGCGACCGGCAAGAAGACCAAAAAGAAGAAACCACCAAAGGAGAAGAAGCCGCGCCCAAAGCCGGGUGAGAUCCGCGAGACGAAGGCGCUAGAUGGCUCAACGCUCUACUGCUGCCCGGAAUGCCAGAUGGCCUAUCCGGAUCGCAGCCUCAUCGAGCAGCAUGUCAUCUCGCACGCCGUGGAGCGACGUUUCGUCUGCGACAUCUGCAAUGCGGCACUGAAGCGCAAGGACCACCUGACCAGGCACAAGCUAUCCCACAUACCGGACAGGCCUCAUGUUUGCAAUAUCUGCAUGAAGUCCUUCAAGCGGAAGGAGCAGCUCACUCUGCACAUUGUCAUCCAUUCCGGCGAAAAGAAGCAUGUAUGCAUUGAGUGUGGAAAAGGUUUCUAUCGCAAGGAUCACUUGCGCAAGCACACGCGAUCGCACAUCGCCCGACGGGUCAAGUCGGAGGUGUCGGCGCAGAAUGUGAAUGGAUCCACCGGCGGAGGUGGUGGUGGCGGCGGCGGAGGCGGCAACAGUGCGCAGAGCAAUGCGCUGCACGGCUCCUGAGGAUCGUACAAGGACUUCUGGUAAACUCCCAGACGAAUUUCAAGCCAUAAUGGGUAGCCCAAUUGCUGCCGGCGGCGGACAGUUAUAGAACUGACUACGGCCGGGAGCAGUAGAGCUGCCUUUGAAAUUCGCUGGGGGCUUACCGGGGGUCCUGCUGAGCGUCACCCAACUCCAAUUACAAUAACCCUCAAUAAACACGAGUUAUACUUACUGGAUGCAAGUAUUAGUACGAUUUUGUUUACGACACUUUCAGUUCUUUAGCUUUAGUUCUUUCAGUUGAGAUUUUCGCACAAAACAAACAGUCGAGCAAAAAGUAUAGCAAUCGAAAUGUACAAAUCAGCAGAAUGACAGAUUUAAAUUCGAGUUUAGUAUGCGCAUAUGUUAAGAAAGGGAAGAUAACGCCGCUUCCACGUCGCUUUCGUUUCUUUUUUGGGGAUCUGUGAUCUGUAGUCGCUGCAUAAAUAAAAACUAAAAUGAAAUGAAAUGAAAUGAAAUGAAUUGAGAAAAACAAACGAAACGAUCGUAGGCGGUCGGUCGACAGCUGUUCUAAGAAUAAGUUAAUAAUGUCUGCAAACCGAUUUACUAUAUAUAUGUGCAAUUUUAUAAUCCUUUUGAUUUGCCUUUUUGUUGCCCUUGGCGGCGCUUUUGUUCACUACAUUAAAUGAUUAAAUGUGUUUCCCAUUUGCGGGAAAUUCUUAUUGAAUUAUGCACAUUAUUAAGGAAGUAAGAAGCUCUACAAGCGAAAUUUGUACUUCUAGUCUUGUAUUUUAUUUUACCGCAUAGGCAUAGAGGGAAACCCGAAACGAGGUCAUCUAAUCUUAAGCUUUUAAACUUGAAUGUUCAAAGGAAAACAACAAAAAAAAAAAGAAAGAAGAAAAACCUUCGACUUCGACUUGAGUCGUCACACCAAAACACUAGACAGAAAGCCGCAAUACGAACUUGCAUCUUGGCAUGCCCAACUUCCAGCCAUUGUCAUUGCUUGCAACUGCAAUAUCCAACAGUAUACCUAUAUCCAGCUUACCAAUCAAUACCGAUACUGAUUACUGAUUACUGAUUACUGAUUACUGAUAACUGAUAACCACAAAUAGCGUUAAGAGCCACAUAUACAGCAGCAAUAGCCAUAUAGGAUCGCAGAAAACAGAUAGCAGAUAGCACGGGUCAACAAUCCAGCAACAGAAUCGCUAAGAACAUAAAACAAAUGCAAUUGCAGAUGCAACAGCAGCAGCAACAGCAAUAGCAACAAUAACCGGAUAAAAUAACUGUAUAAAAGGAUAUUUUUAUAUAUAUAAAUACAAAAGAGAGAGCAUAUGAAAACCGAAUAGGAAUAAAGGCAUAAAACAAUAACCGAAAUAAAGUGCAAACACUUCGAGCAAGUGACAACGUAAUUUACUGUUCAAAUACAAAGCAUUUUGAGAUUAACGAUUAACGAUUAACGAUUAAACUAAACGAUUAAAAACAGAUCCAAAAAGCAUACACAUAGCAAUGCAGUAUAUUGCAAAACACUUGUAUAGUUAUACGAAGCUUCAAACUAAAUAUGCUAACCUACAGAUACACACAUAUAGAUACGGAUGCAGAAUCAGAAUCAGAUACUGUAAAGCGAACACUCAACCAACCACCGUUUGUUUCUUUCUUAACUUCUUUGUUUCGAUUAAUCAUUUCGAAAAUGGCCCACUGAUCUCGAACUUCAAGCUAUAUUUGAUUCCAAAUCGAAUCGGAAUGGUUAUUGUUUCACAUUCCAAGUAAAAGCACAUUUUAAAGACCUUUAAAUCAAGUAUUACCACUGGAUCUAAGGCACAACACUUAAAGUAACUGAAAAAAUGUUAUUUUCAAAUCGUAAUUUCUUAGAAGUUUGAGCCAGAGCGACAUUUCCAAGCAUUUUUCACAUUCAAAAGAUAUUUUCCGGCACAUCUCUCACGAACAAAAUAAAAUGUACUUAAUCAGAAAAGUAACCUCUCAGCUUGGUGCCGAAAAACUUGUGUAUUUAUUCGAUUCGGUACCAGCCAGUUCGGAUUUACAGUAGUUUACAGUGCGGAACGUAAUUGAAACACUUGCAGUGAAGUACAAAUAUUUUAACUACACACCCACAAGAGAAGAAGCACCCACAACAGCAAAUUACAUAUAGACAAGUAUAGAACGCGAAGAUGUAUUAGCCAAAAAAAAAAAAAAAGAAACAAAAAUUAAUGGAAAAA